AUGCUGAGUGUAUCUGGUAAGCGAUACAAGACAUCUAGAAAUCUUGUUCGUCAUGAAAAUUCUACUUGUACAUCUUACAAUCAACCUCCCGCCAGAAAACAACCUAUCAGAUUUCCAUGUACUGACAGUGAAUAUGUAGCAGUGUUUGGAAAAGAAUUAAAUUGGUUUUCACCAGCAAAACGUACCUAUCAAUGUACUUUCAAAGGUUAUGAGGAAGAAGCUAUUACUUGGUGA